AUGUCCACGCGGACCUCGCCGCUGAAGCUGAAGCUGCCGCUCACCCUGUGGAACAUCGCCCUCGCCCUCUUCAGCAUCACCGGCACCAUUCGAACCUGGCCGGAGAUGGCCCACGUGCUGACCCGUUUCGGCUUUCACCACUCCGUCUGCGCAAACACCUUCCACAAGGAGGUGCCCAUCUCCAGCUUCUGGACCUGGCUCUUCAUCCUCUCCAAGGCGCCCGAGCUGAUUGACACCGUCUUUGUGGUGCUGCGCAAGCAGAAGCUCAUCUUCCUGCACUGGUACCACCACGCCACCGUGCUCAUCUUCACCUGGUACGCCUACGCCGACGAGGCCUCCACCGGCCGCUGGUACUGCACCAUGAACUACGGCGUCCACGCGGUGAUGUACUCGUACUACGCCCUCCGUGCGCUGGGCGUCCGCAUUCCCCGCCAGCUGGCGAUGUGCAUCACCAUCUCGCAGAUCGCCCAGAUGGUGAUGGGCACCUUCGUCACCUUCUACGCCUUCUACGCCAAAUCGAACGGCCGCCAGUGCGACAUGUCCUUCUCGACGCUGUACGCCGGCAUCGCCAUCUACAUCUCCUACUUCAUUCUCUUUGCGCAGUUCUUCAUUGCCAGCUACCUGGUUCCAAAGAAGCCAAAGAAGACGACGGAAGCCAAAAAGACCGA